AUGGAUGACUUAAAUCGAAUACUAUCAAUUGAAGAAUCUGCAUUGAAUAGAAAUAAUGAAAUAGAUAGAGUGUUGAAAUGUUCUGAUCAUGACUUUUUUGACAUCAUGCAAUUCAAUCCAUUGACAAUCGAAUUUGAUGAAAUACCUAGUUUAGUUAAAAAAAUAUAUAGAAAGAAAUCAUUAUUAAUUCAUCCUGAUAAAUCAGAUCACCCACAAGCCUCGGUAGCAUUUGAUAAAUUGAAUCAGUCAAUGAAAAUCUUAUCAACCACUGAUGAAGAUGUAGAUGAAUACAAAGAGAAAGAACGACUAUACUCAAUAUAUAAUCAUUUCAAAAAAGAUAGUGAGAUCAUAGAUUCAAAUUUUAAUCAUGAAAAUAAUAUCAAAAUCCGUGAAAAAGUAAAUGAGAUUCUAAUAAAUGAAUUAGCAGAUGAAGAAUUAACAAAAUUAGCUAAACAAAGUGAAGAAAUUAGAAAAAAUGAGAUGUAUCAAAAAUUAAAAGAUGAAAAUAAUGCUAAAAGAAAAUUGGAGAACCAAUGGGAAGAAAAUAGAGAUGAUAGAGUUAAAAAUUGGAGAAAUUAUUCAAAUAAAAUUGAGAAAAAAAAGAAGAAAAGUAAAUUUAAUGGUAAAAAAUUAAAGAAAUUAGCAUAA